UUCCUCGUCAGCUAAGUUUCUUCACUCUCCACUUCAUAAUAUCAACUUCAUUCUAAACAAUUAGAAAGAUCAAAUUAUAUAUGUCUCCACAAACAUAUAGAAUAUUAGUUAUUUAAGGAAGAUAUAUUAUUUAGAAUAUUAAAUAUACCGGGAAAAUAAUUAUAUGUGUGUGGGCGGGUACCCAUGGGACGGGUUUACCUAAACCCAAACCCAACCCGACCCGGUGAAUAGUGUAGCGGGUUUAAACCCGAACCCGGCCCAAAACCCGUCAACACGAAUUUUACCCGCGUUAACCGGGUUGAAUCGGGUGGGUACCCGUGGGUUCGGGUUUUGUUGCCAUCCCUACCGCCAAACAAGGCCUUAGGUGUCAGGAAAUUUUGUUGAGAGCACUGUAGCAGGAACCACAGAACUACAUAGCGAUUGCACGCUCAGUUCAUUUCCCUUCAUCUUCCAUGCAAGAGACCCCGAUUGCGUUUGCCCUCGCCGCCAUUGAUGAAAUCCCAGCUCGCUCUCUUAUCAAUUCAAGCUCAGCCACUCUCAUCCGUCCUAACUCUUAACCUUCCCUGGUAAGGUUCAGAACCGCAAUUCAUCCUCUAUCUCUGGGUUUCACAGUUCUAUUUCCCGGCCGCAAUGCAGUAGUUUCGAGCUUUUCUUUCGCUUAAUCUCGAUUUCGAUCCUUUUAUUUCUCCUCUUGUGGCGAAUCUAUAGAGGAUACUGCGAGCAUUGAAAAAGAGAAAUCAGGCGGGCGAUCCAAUGCUGGAUUCGAAGGACUUCACAUGGCGAAUCGCAAAUUUCUCGAAGCUGGAAGAGGAGAUCUAUUCCGAUGCAUUUGUCGCCGGCGGUUACAGAUGGAGAGUGCUCUGCUUUCCAAAGGGAAAUGAAGUUGACUUCCUUUCCCUGUAUCUGGAUUUUGCUGACUGGGAAACGAUGCCUGCUGGAUGGAGUAAGUACGUGGAGUUCAGCAUUACUAUUGUCAACCAAGUCAAUGGCCGCCUCUCCAGAAAGUUCUGUUCCAAACAUGUUUUCAAGGAACAAGAGGAGGAUUGGGGAUUCACAUCUUUUAUUCGUCUCGAUGAGCUUCACAGUCAUCGUAAAGGAUUCCUUGUGGAUGAUACCCUGGUGAUCAAAGCUCGAGUCACCAUGGAAGCAGAGGUAUCAAAAUCCGCAGGUGGUCCAGAAGUCAUUGAGCCUGAGUCGGAGAAUGAGUCUAAUGGUGAUCCAUCUACGCCACCAUUAUCCAGAAACAAGGUUGCUCGAACCAGCACCAUCACAAGUCCAUGCUCCUCAAUUGUGAAGUUAACUUCAAAGAACCUGAUAGCAGAACUUUCAACUAUGACAAGUAGUGGGGAAUUGACAGCUUCAGUUAAGGGAAACCCUGGUUCAAAUGCAGAAGACCGUAUGUCAGGUUUGGUCCAGCAACAACUAGAAAAACUGAACGAGUUCUUCGGAAUGUCACUCGAGGCUAUCAGCAAGGCCAAUUCCUUUGACCAAGUUCAGCAAGUUGUCCUGAAAUUUGAUGAGCACAAUUCUGAUCCGAUCAAGAAGAUGGUGCUUAAGGACUUAGUAUCACGCCUUGUAGAGUUUAGGGACAGCAUCCCGAGGUCUCUGUCCAUUAUUGAAACCUCAAGCGAUGUUGAAAAGUCCACUGUGCAGGCAACAAAGGAGCUGGAGGGAAAGCUAGUUCAGAGGCAGAAACAACUAAAGUUCCUUGAGUCAGAAGUUUCCAGGAUAGAGGAGGAGGAGAUGAAGGUAGAGGCGGAAAUCCAACUGUUGGGGGCUCUCAGAGAAAAGUUAGUUAAUGAGAAGAAUUUGACAGUAGGUGAAAUGGAGGUGGCCAACAGAGAGGCUUCCAAGGAACUAGGUGAACUGAAGGGGAAACAGUUGGAGCGAAAGCAAGCUAGUGAGAACAAGCUGAGAGCUAAGGAGAGACUAGCUCAGUCCAACGCUAGCUGGAAGCUUUUCAAGGAGAACCUGGGACUGUAAGGGAGAACAUAACUGACUCUUGUAGGAUGAACGGUAGCAGAUAAACUAGUUGGAUGACA